UCGAAAAUAUCGAUAACUCGAUGUACUGUUUUAAGUUCGAUUCGUGCACCGCACAUGGUCCGUCAUGGCGCAAACUUAAGUUACCGGAGAGUCAAUGUUAUCGUUAGAAAAUAAUAAUCUCGUGCCGAAGUUAAUAAAGGAAAACGAAGACAUUACGCUCUUAUUCUUGAGCGACUCGACUAGAUGAAAGAUUGAACCGAACAGAUGUAGAUGUCAGAAUUUGCAAUGUGAUUGUUUCGCCUCGGUUCAAAGCGGGGGUGUGACAAUUUUUAAGGGCAAUCUCGAAAGAUAGUUUUCUUUUUCAAAUCUGUAUUACAAUAGAUCUUUUUAAAUAGUAUUGUUGGUUGUGCCUUUUAUAACUUUACCGAAAAUCGUAUUAUCAUUGUUUUUUUUCCCCUCCUACGUCUCUUCCUGCGCUUUUUUCGGGAAUAGCAAUUAUCGCGUUAUACAACCAUUUGUUGUUAUAUGUCUCUAAUAUAACCAAGUUCUUAAAUAUUUUUAAUGCAAAAUAUAUGUGUUGGAAUCACGCAUCAAACAUUAGGAUAGAAAUGCCGUUGAGUCCAACGAAUCAUAAUAUAUCUACCAACACUACAGAAAGUGUAAAUCCUGGUACAUCUGUUCAUGUGACAUCAACUUGCUGUACUCCACCUCCAUCAUAUCAUAACAUUAAUUUACCUCUUGGACAUCAUUCUACAUUACCUAGUGAUCGUGGUGCACCGCCUUCUUAUGAAGAAGCCAUAGAUCCCAAUGCACCUCCUCCUUCAUAUGAUUCAUUAUUUGGUCGGAUGAGAGAGGCACAUAAAGUCUCCAAAGGUGUAUUUGAUUUCUUAAAAAAUAUAAUCGUUCUUCUCGUGGGUACAAUUGGAUGCACUAUUAUUCUCGGUGUGACAAUCGUAGUUCCAAUAUGCAUGAUGAUCAUUGGAGCAUUGUACCUUUACGACUGUCCACAGGGUGAAUACAUACCCGUUUAUUUAUUAGUAGGUGGAGGAUUUGGUGUAUUUAAACAAUUAUUACAUUUAUCUGCACGUGUAAGACAGCGACAAGAAGAAAGAGAUGAAGAAAGGAUUAGACAGUCGCCAACACAAACAUUGAUCAAUUGCUUCAUGCUGGGCUGGUUUAUCAUUGGUUCCAUGUGGGUAUAUAAGGAAUACGAACCAAAUUAUGAUCCAUCCCUUGGCAAAUAUUGCAACAAAACUUUAUAUUUAUUUGCCUUUUGGUUGAUAACCUCUGUUUAUAUAUGUCUGGGUGUUAUAACAGCCGGUCUUUGCAGUAUUUCUGUAGCCAGUAUUGCGUUCCAAAGACCACCGCCUGAUCUUAUGUAAGAAAUAUUAAUAAUUUCAAAAGAAACGAAGAAUUGUUACAUUUUUUGGCAUUUUGGGAGCAAAAAAUGAGAGUGCACACAAGAAGACAUCUGUUGACGGAAGUCACUCAAUAUUGGGGCACAAAAAAUUCGUCCACGUUUAUGUACCUGAGAUACUUAAACGACAACUUAUGCACAGAUUAUUUGCGCGUUAGAAAUACCACUAAAUACUUGCACUUCUCGGACUAUGAUGAAUUGGAGGUUGGUUAUGAAAAAGUUCUCAAUAUUAUCAAUACAUUAAUUAUAAAUACUCAUAUUCUUUGUAUUUCUAAUUUAUAUUUUGUUUACAAAUCUUUAAUCGAUAAUGGUGUAAAAGAUAUACGUACUCCUAAUUUGCCAGUGGCUGAUCGAUUUAUGCAAGAAAAGAAAAAACGCUUUAAUCACUUUAGGUUGUGGAUAUUUCGUGGUAAACACGGAUCUUAAUCUUGUGCCAAGAGAAAGCAAGAUCGUAGGGAAAAGUAUUUUGUUACUGCAGUGUAGUAUUAAAUACAGGAAAAAAGGUGAAUACGAUAAUCGUAUUUGAAUUAAAGCGUAAAAGUGAUAUCUACGAUCUCGCGUUACGUCUCGCAUAUGCUUCGACUUGAAAUAUUCGAUCUCUUACGUCUCUAAUACACUUUAUUAGCAUUAAAAAUGCCCUAUUGAUAACACUAUUACAAUCUUUUCAACGACAAACGGUAGCUGUUCUUAAAUGAUCAUAAGAUAACUAUAAAAGAACAAAGAUCUUCACUUAGGCGUGACACGACUUAUUACUUACGGUAAAAAAGACUGCGAUAUUUCGCGUUAACUUUAUAUUCUUUUGCCCUCUCCUCCGUCCUUUAAACCUUUAGCGACCUCCAUUGGGCCUUCAUCGUCAAUGCAGUCAGAUAUAAUCUGUACAGCAACCUUUAUCCUAUAAUCUAUACCGCUUCAAGAUUUCAAAUUUUCUAAAUUAAGAUAUUGGUAUAAAUAAGUUUUAUCGAUAUUUCGAAACAUAAGACAAUUAUAAAGCCAAUAAUUAUUGAUACCGUACGAUUUUGGAAAUAAAUACGGUAUAUCAAAUUGGUAUUUAGGCAUAGUGGAGGAACCAUUAAUUUAAGAAUAAUGUAUUAUAGGCAUAUAACGUUAUAACAUUUCUUCCACUUUCAUACAUCUUUAGCUACUUUGUCUUCCUAUUAAAUAAGUUAUAAAAUUAAUUAUUCUGGAGAAAAAAAAGAAAUGUAAUCUCAUUACUAUGUCGAUUGAUUAAAACACGCGCUUGCGAAUGAAUAUUGAACAAGCUUAUGCUUUUUAUUGUAUAAUUAAGUGUAUCUUCGGCAUAAAAAACUUAAUGUUGGAUGAAGCUGGCUAAAUUUGUACAUACAUAACAAUGUGAUUUGAACGCACGCUAAUACGAACGAGUAUAUUACUCGCAUUGCAUUUAUUGCUAAUUAUAACUUUACACUAUUAUCCUGGUAAACAUAUAUUUUAUGCGAAAACAGUGUGUAUCUGUAAAAAUGAUCCCUAUUAUAUCGUGCAUUAUAAGCACUUACUCACAUUUCUUAUUAUAAUUUCCUAAAUAAACGGCUUAAAAUUAA